AGCAGUACACGAAUGUGCUGGAAUGGCCGAGACCGAAACCAGGACAUGGCCCGUAACCGUGCGAACAGGCAGACCAAAACGGAAAGGAUAAAAAACAAAGCGUAAAGAAAUGUUCAAUGUUUGGUUACCGCUGGCAACAGUAACCCCAGAACCUAUUGGAUUUCAAAUAUUGAUAAAACGCAUUGUAUUUAUUAAAUAAAAUAUGAGCACACAUAUGGGUCGAGCGUAUCUAAAUUCCUGCGUUAAAGUGCCUAUAGAUCCGUGCAAUAAUUGCCCGGCGCCCGUUUAUAAUCGUCCUAGACUUUGUAUGGGCAAAAAGGUGAAGGCAAAAUCCACCACCUGCCAAUCACAAGAUGCCACAGAGACUGCUAACUGGACGAGCCAAACGGGUAUACGAUCGCUGGCCAAGUUCUAUGAUAGCAUACCAGACUACUGCGAAGUGAAGCACCUGCACAACGCAGACUUCUACUCAACUCUCGAAAGUUUGCGCACUACCAGCCGAGAGUUGCGCGCUCAGCCCGCGACGCCGGAGCAAGUAAGCGAGGGCGGCUCCUGUAAGGUCAAGCAACACAACAAGAAAUGCAAGAAGGUUAAGAAGAAAGCACCCAGUAUACCACCGUUGAUCCUGCCGGAACGGGCCACACCCACCCCCGAUGUCGCACACACCACGAGCUGUCUUAGUGAGGAAUAUGAGAAGUGCGUUCGUGAUUUAAGUCGCUUGGCCAACUUCAAGCAGGAUUUUGCCCUUGAAGUGGCGGACUUUAAACAAUCUUUGAAGGCCUUCGAACAGGAAUUCAUGCGCAAAACUGAGCGUCCUAAGUCCACCAGCAAUGCCACCCAGACCCACAAGAUAACGCCCAUUCCCAAGGUGCCGGCCAUGCACACAGCAGAGCGUGCCAAAGUUCGCAGCGAAAUGCUAAGGAAGAGCUUCAGUGUUAAUGAUUUGAGUGCCAGCGGACAACCAGCGUCCAAGUUGGGGCUGUUGACGCAAAGCAACUAUUUUUCAAACAAAGAGGUACCCAAGCUUCACAUUGAAUCCCCCUCAGUGUCUUCCAAGCGUAGUAGCAACAGCUCCGCUUCGACCUCGAGACGCGUGUGCAGGCGACGCUCACGCAAGAUAAUGGUGGCCCCUGUGCAGAUGACAGGUCAGGAACCGCAGCCAAGCAAGCGGAUAUCGAGCGUUUCCCCGCAGCAUCCAGUGGCCCGACCCAAUCUAGCGGCCACCCUGCGUGCUGAGGUCUCGCGCAAAAAGGUAAAGGAGCUGAAAAACAAUUGCACCUAUCACGAUCCUAUUCCACAAUUCGAUUGGGAGGUGCGCAAGACGCCAGCCUGGAAAUCACUGUCCCUCAAUGAACCGCAUAAGGCGCUGCUUUCCAUACGGCUGGCCACGCGCAAGGCAGAGCAAGCGUUGCAGGAGCGGCAAUACGAGCUGCACAUGCAAAUGAUGAAACAGCGUGUCAAGUCAGCGCCUCUGUUGCUCGAGGGUCAAACCUAUUGGGGUCCCGAGGUGGGCAAACUCAGUCACAGCUGCCGCAGCGAGGGCAUGCGCCAUGGCUGCGAGAGCAACCAGCAGCGACGCAUUAAGCAGCCCAAGAAGAAGUGUAAUAGCAGCCGCUGCCCAAGUGGAAUCACCGAUGCGGAUCUUAAGGUGCAGCAGCUGCGCAAGAUCUAUGGCGCGCAGCUCAAGCCCAGCUCGCGGCAAUCGCAGCGGUCUACUUCACGCCGCCGACAGGUGGAGCAGACGCCCGAGCCGCACGACAGUGGCGAUGAUCUGUGCAGCGUGGAUCGUGCGUUUCUGUAAAGCAAAUCUCUGCACAAUAAAUAUAUUCUAUAGCAUUGUCUUCAACUCAAGAA